AUUUCUAUAAUUCUAUAUCUAUAUUAAUCGAAUUAUAGAAUACAAUUAAUAUAGAAAAUCUAGUUAGAAAAUAGUAAAGAAUCCGUUUUUGACAGGAAAUGGAUAUAUCCAUAUAUUUCAGACUUUAAUUUUAUUAAAUAAUAAAAAAUGGCAAAAUCUAUAUCAAAAAUCGGUUCACGUAAAAAUGCACGUAUUGGUUCGCGUAAGCAGACUCGUAAAAUACCAAAGGGAGUUAUUUAUGUUCAAGCUAGUUUCAACAAUACCAUUGUGACUGUUACCGAUGUACGGGGUCGGGUGAUUUCUUGGUCCUCUGCCGGUUCGUGUGGAUUUAAGGGUACACGAAGGGGGACCCCGUUUGCCGCUCAAACUGCAGCAGCAAAUGCGAUUCGAACAGUAGUCGAUCAAGGCAUGCAACGAGCAGAAGUCAUAAUAAAAGGUCCCGGUCUCGGAAGAGAUGCGGCAUUAAGAGCUAUUCGUAGAAGUGGUAUACUAUUAAGGUUUAUACGGGAUGUAACCCCUAUGCCACAUAAUGGAUGCAGGGCUCCUAAAAAAAGACGUGUGUAAAACUGAAAAUAAACAUUAAAGAA